AUGGUGAGCCUGGCCAACAGAGCCCCCGGGGUCCCCACUCUGAGGAGAGCAGCUCGAUCAGCUGCCAGAGUGUCAGGUCCCCAGGAGAGCAUCCUGGAGAUGGACAAGGAGCGGCAGGCAAGCGCCUGCUCCCAGCCCGCGGAUGGCCUCCCAGGAGCGCGGGAGCGCAGGAGCGAGAGGGACAGGGUGGAAGAAAGGAACAGGGAAAUUGAGAGCAUCAUGAGAGCGUUUUUGAGGCAGCUUAUAGGGAUCUUAUACCCACUUGCCUGCGAGUAUGCAGAGGUCUCGAGAGCAAGUGCACAAGCUUCGGCACACUGGAGUCCCCACUCUGAGGAGAGCGACUCGAUCAGCUGCCACAGUGUCAGGUCCCCAGGAGAGCAUCCUGGAGAUGGACAAGGAGCGGCAGGCAAGCGCCUGCUCCCAGCCCGCGAACGGCCUCCCAGGCUCCCAGGCAUGCAGGAGCGCAGGAGCGAGGUGGGCCAGCAGGAGCUGCACGCAGCAAUGCAGCACAGCCGGACCCCGGCUCCGUCCCACCAAAGGGACAGGCUGCCUUCGCUGCCCGGCCCACAGAGCUCACGAGCCUCGGAACACGGCAUCACAAAGAUGGUGGAGGACACUAGCAGGGAUGUCACAGUGCAAGCUCUGCAUGCCUCCACCGGCCUUCUCAAGAAGGCUCCUUUGAGGCACGGGGAGACACUGCCUGGCAGGACUCAUGCGGGAGCAGAGACACCACAUCUGCCCGGCUUAGCACCGCUCCCAGCCAAGGCAGCUAGGCAGGCACAGGGAGGCCCGGAGGCCUCUGCAUGUAAAAGAGCAGGAGCUACAAGUCAAACCAAGCUGCCUGCUCUGGAAACAUCCGGCAGAUCUUCUCCCCAAGGCUGGGCCAAUGCCAUGGAUGCGGAAGCUGUGAGCAGGAGAGUCCUGGAGAGAAUGACCAAGGCAUUAGAGAGGCUGGCUACAAAUUCCAGUGAAGCUGCUGCCAAGGAACACUUCCCGCUUGUUAGUGGGGCUGGGAUGGCUCUGGGCUCAGGGAAGAGCCUGGAAGAGGAGGAACUAAAGCCAUCCCAGCUUUCCUUGCCUCCCCUUCAAAAACCCAAGCGGGAAAUUUGUGCUCUUCCCCAGGCAAUUCAAGAGCACGUCCGCUCCUUGCCUGAGUCCCGGCCUGGGUCUUCCCCAUUAGUGCUGGGAAAAGCAAGGAUGUUGCAGGACGACGGCAGCAGAACACCUCUUGCCCUGAAAAGCCAACAGCUCUCAGGAAGCUCCUCCUUUGGUGCAGGAGCACAGACCGUUCCUGAAAGGGAGCUGCGAGGCACACCAGCGUGCAAGGAGCGGCACGAGGCCUGGCCAAGCUGCCUGACAGUGCCAAGGCUGCCACAGUCCCCGUCAGCGGUGGGUUUUGCCAGCACUGGCCAAGAAAUGCACCAGGAGCUAGUCAGCAAGCUGCCCCCGGCUCCCAGAGAUGCCUGUGCCCAGGAGGUCAAGGCACAAUGCUUGGACGCAGUGGUGCAGAGGCAGGACUUGGUGCUAAGCAAGUCCUCAGCAUCCCAAGGGGCAGACCUGCAGCCUCCCCACCUGCAAGUGCCCCCAGCUGAGAUGCCCCCGGAAGAAACAGCCUCUUCUCCCCUGCAGUGUGCGAUGGCAGCCAAAGCUGUUUCAGACACGGCUGGACUCACCAGCCCUCCCUUCGCAGAGGUACCACCCAGCUCUGCAGAAGACAUCGCUGCCAGGUGCCACAGUGAAAUGGCCCCACCUGAGUCCCCAUCGCCUUCCCUGCCGGAGCCUGCUGGCCUUGUUGAGAGCAUCAUUGCAGAAGCUGGCAGGCAAUUGAGGGCUGAGAGCCAGGGGCCUGCCCCACAUGGCCCCGCACCGCCUGCCGUGGCUCUGGAGGACGCGGGCCUGGGCCUCGAGGCACACACCAUCGAUGCAGCAACACCGGCAAGGCCAGACCAGCACCAGAGCACAGAGCGUGGCAAAAGCACAGCCCCCGCAGCUCAGCAAAGGCCUGAUCCCCACGCUCAUGGGGGCAAAAGGCAGGUCAGCGGGGCUGGUGCACCAGCUUCCCCAGGCAAGGGUGCGGGGACGGGGACACCACAACCAGCGCCGGCAGGGCAGCGCCCAAAACAGCAGCCUUUGGGCAUCAUCUGCCGCGUUGGAGGAAAGCCGCUGCGCAUUCACCCGGACAACACCUCGCAGUACCUGGCAGUGCUGUCGAUCAAAACAGAGACGCUGGAGGAGCUCAACAGCAGCUGCCUGGCCCGCACCGGGCAGAGCUUGGCCCAGCUGCGGGAAGCCUGUUUGCAGAGGAGGGAGCAGAGCCUGAAGGAGAGCGAGGGCGAGCAAGAGCAGGGCGAGGGGAAACAUUUCUCCCUGACAGCCUCAGGAUCCCUCAACGUCAAACCCAAGGAGCUCCUCGCCAGAAACUCCUUCUACAACUUGUGGAAACCGGAGGUGACGCGAGUGGAGCUCCUCAAGGACGCAAGGUGCAAGUGGGAGGUGCUGGAGCGGCUGUAUGCCCAUGCCCCCAGGAGGGAGCGGGAGGUGGGAAGAGGCAAGAGAGUCCCGGGAGCGCUGCAGGAGGAGCAAGCGGACUGGCCCAGUGAGGAAGAGCACACUGAUGAAGAGCUUCUGCAAGGGGAGGAGCUAGAGGGAAAGCCCUCCCUGUGCAUGACCUGGGUCAGACCUAGCCUCAGGAGCCUCUUCACAGACACAGAGACGUGCCCCCAGAAGGUGCCCUGCUCUCCCAACGGCAAGGCCAGAGACGCUACCGGGGAGGCAACGGGCGACCUGCAGAGCACGCCUCUCGCCCCAGCAGUGCCCAGAGGAGCCGAGGCAGCGGCACCUGCUUUGGCCGAUGGCUUUCAGGACGCGGGGGACAGCGCGUCUCUCGCCCCAUCAGCAUUUCUGAGCGCAGGAACGAAGCCGGAGGAGGCCUCCCCCGCAGCCAGCAUCCCUCCGGAUGGGCUCAUUGUGCUGCCCUUUGGCAUGGUGUGCUAG